CGCAUCUUGUCUCUUGCCACCACCACCGACAACGCUGUCCCACUUCUGCCUCAAACCACCUCGUCGCUGUUGGCGAUGUCUGGGAAGGCGCCGCCUCGCGCACCGCGAGCGUUGUUGAACUCGUUCGUGCCAUCGGCGGGAUCGUCCACUGCAGCUCAGCCAUCAAACGCGCCCAGUUCCUCGCGGUUAGGAGCAACACCUCCCACAGGGCCACGGAGUCUCACCCAGCGUGCCAGCACCAUUCUACAGCCACCAACAGCUCCUUCAAAAUACGUGAAUGGCCACUCUGUGUUUCCCUCUGGCCCUGCUGGCGGCGCACCGCCUAAAGGCCCGAGCGCUAUGAGGAACAAGGGGAAACAGUUCGAGAACAGCUGGAACGGGAGUAGCCCAAGUGGAGUGAAUGGUUGUCUAUCAGGUCGUGUAGGCAGAGUAAGCUCAUCCGUUCACCCAUCUAUCCAGAGCUCGCCGUCUCAAGCGCAACUUGGUACCCAAGUCAACGGCAUAGCCGACCAGUUGCGAGAUGAGCCAGCCUCCAUUCCCGUCCCUGUGCCCACGCCUGCACCUGCGCCCCCGACUGCACCUCGAAGCUUUUUCGUAGCGGCAGGACCGUCGUCUUUGAACAACCAGCCUACAGGUCCUGCUAGGAAGAUAUCAAUCAGGCUACGACCACAACCACCGCAGCCGACCACAGAACCGCCGCCUCCACCUCCACCAUCCAGCACCCCGCCACCACCACCGCCACCACCUAUAGAUGCCCCGCCUCCUCCGCCUCCUCCGGGGCCGCCACCACCCAACGAUCCACUCCCACCACCACCACCGCCAUCAGGGUGGCCGCCAUCUCCUCCGCCACCGCCCCCAUCAGACCCUCCGGCUCCGGCUCCUGACGAUUUGAUUUGCAUUGCAGGGGCUUCCAGCAAAGCACCAAGUUCAACCCCACCUCCACCAGCCGGACAACCGCCAAGCCCACCCCCGCCGCCGUCAGAAGCGCCGCCACUACCACCUCAGGAGUACAUUCUGCCGGAAUGGCCACCACCACUCUCAGAAUGCCCAGAGGGCAAAGAUUUCAAGGUGCUGUUUGAUUCUGCGACGGACAGGCACCGUGAAGCAAAACUGCGCCCGUUGAUAGACCUGGUGCAGAAAGCCAACCCUGACCGUGUCAAGGGCAAGCCCGGCAAGGAAAUGUUGGUUAGGUACAACGGCGAAUUCGUUGAAGGCGAACCCGAACCUGUGCCACGAGAUCCUAGGAAAGACUCGAAGGUUAGGUCGAGGCCACCGCGUACUGACUUUUAUGAGAUCAAAUACGAGUACGAUGCGAAUUCGGCCGGUCCCGCGCCUCCCGCGGCCGUCCUGGUGUUGAAUCUAUCACCUCUCACGCCCAAUCAAACUAUACGGCGCCAUUUCUCAUCGUAUGGUCCCAUCUUGUCGUUCGAGCCUCAGAUCAACACGGCCAACGGCGCCGCAUUGGGCAUUGUUCUCAUCCGGUUUAGUACUCACGAAGAGGCAAAGAGAUGCGUAGAGAAGGAGCACGGGAAGAGGGGAGCGACUGGGAUAGGUAACAGCUUGACCAUUGUGGAGGGUGAAGAGCUCAAGGUGGUGCUUGAUGGGGAAGGGAAGAAGCUGGCCGCGGUCAUGAAGGGGCUGGAUCACAGGAGGAGACGAGACAGGGAAGAGAGAAGGCGAGCGGAAGAAAAGAGAAAGCAGGAGGGGGAGCGGAAGAAGAGGGAGACAUCCGUCUUGAUGAAUACACCCAGCACGAGUGCGAGUCAUACGCCGGCAUCCAGCGCUCCUUGGAGGCCAAGUUCGCAUCCGAGCAUGUUGCAAGCAGAGUCGAUGCGGGCGGCGCAUUUUACGCCACAUUCGUCCGGCUCGUAUGCCCACUUCCGGAUAAAUGGCUCAUCGUCCAGUUCACAUCUCCUGUCUCGAUCACCUGCGACACCAUCACAGUCUGGUUUGACAGGCCUGCCUACUCCGCCAAUCGACUCCUUGGUUCAUGGGCCCGCUCGGAUACGCCGUGCACCGCAGUACGGGCGCAUGCGAGACGAAGACUCGGGAGACGGCCCGCCAAGCUACUCGCGAAGUCAUGCCCCAAGGCCGCCUCUCCCGCCAUCACAUUCGUCCUCUGCUCCGUCGUGGAGAGGCCGCCGGGCAUACUCGUGGCGUGACCGCGACGACGAUGCCUCGGUGCCGACGUCUCGAUCUCCAUCGCCGAUACGGCGGAGAGGCGGGUUCUCAAGGACAGCGAAGCAGAGGGAGCAUGAGGCGGUCGUCGAGGAGCUGGCCAAGAAUGGGUACGACUACGUCACGCUCGAAGCGCAUGGGGGUCAGUUGAGUGGUGCGGUACGGGAAGAGGAUGUGAAGAAAUUCUUCACCAGCUUCGAGGUCGAUAAGGUUCUGCAAGACCACAUAGGCUGGUAUGUCACGUUCAAGACAGCGGACACGGCACGGCGCGCGGCUAUGUUCCUUAACACCGGCAGACGAACGCUGAACCGUCAAGCCGUAAACGUCAUCAUUCACGCAGCUCCGUCGCUACAAUCGCUUCCCUCUAACACAACAUGGACCGACUCGGAGUUGAUUGAGCAAGCGGAGAAGCUCAUUCUGAAGGAUCUUCGCGCUUUGCUACAGCAAGACGUCGUCGAGCGGAUCGUCACUGACGAGAUUCGGCGUGUCAUGAUGGAGGAGAGGUCGCGGGGCAAGACGCGCGUUGGUGCGGUGCCCGACGGAAAGGGGGUGCUGGAGGAGCGCAAUGCGGUAACAGAUCCAUUAGUUGGUCUGGGUAUCAGCGUCUCCACCGGCCUCAAGGGUCUGUCGUUCCGGAAGCAGAAGAAGUACAUCGAAGAGCCAAAGCCUUCUGCCCCCCAGACACCGAUCGUCGAAGAAAGCGAGCUUCCACCAGUCCAGGAGCCCGAACCGACUCCCAUCAUUGACGAAGAGCUUGCCGUGGAAGAGCCACCGAGGAAGAAGCCGAAGAAGGUUACGCCCAAGACUGUCGCUGACGAAGACAUCGAGUCGGAAGACGAUAUGCCCGCACCUAUCGUCAGCAUCACGUUCACGGCUGAGCCGACACCUCCUCCCCGUAAGAGGGCUCCCUCCGUCUCAGGCGUGAUCGAGGAGCCUCCGAAGAAGAAGAGCAAGAAAGCCGAGGCAAAGCCCAAGGAGCCCAAAAAAUCGAAGAAAUCGAAGAAGGCGGAGAAGGCGCAGGAGCCUGUGACGAUCGACGAGCUGAUUCACGAAGUCAUCCCGAACGAGAACGACUUCGCUGCCCCUGCGCUCGCGCAUGUGCGCGUUACACCUACAUACGAAUCUUCGCCCGAGCCGUCUGUUCUUCCUGUUCAGUCGAAACGUCCGCCCAAGUCGACGGCCUUGUCGCCGCCAAAGGCUGUCAAUCCAUUCGAUGCCGAUAUCUGCGCGGACGACGAAGACGAGUAUUUUGCCAAACUGGCGUUGGACGAGAUACUUCAUGGUAUCGCGCCGCCUACAGCCACUCUCGAGGUGUCCGAGCAGCCAACCGAGGAACCUCGACCAUUCCGAGUGCACGUUACCGGCUCUGCACGUACAGAAGGCUAUUACAAGAUCCCGCACGCGGAGAAGUCCGCUUAUGUCGCACAGUACGUUACGCGGACGACGGCGAAUGAGACAAACGCGGAAGAGGAGCCGGCGACUCAACCGAAAAACGUCACAUCUUCGCGGUCGAAUCGUGCAAACGCGCGUCGGCGGGCUCAGGGUUUGGAAGAGAUGAAUCAGGUGCAGCUCGCGAUGGCACUAUCGAAGGGCGAGAACGCUGCAACGGAGCUGGUCAAGUUCAACCAGCUGCAGACGCGCAAGAAGCACCUUCGUUUUGCGCGUUCGCCCAUCCACGAUUGGGGUCUCUAUGCGAUGGAAAAAAUCUCGCGGGGAGAGAUGGUCAUCGAGUACGUCGGCGAGAUCAUCCGUGCGCAGGUCGCAGACAAGCGCGAGAAGGCGUACGAGCGGCAAGGUAUUGGCAGCAGUUACUUGUUCCGUAUCGAUGAGGACUUGGUGGUGGAUGCGACGAAGAAGGGUAACCUUGGGCGUCUCAUUAACCACUCGUGCGAUCCUAACUGCACGGCCAAGAUCAUCACGAUCAACAGCGAAAAGAAGAUUGUUAUCUACGCCAAGCAGGACAUCGAGCUCGGGAGCGAAAUAACUUAUGACUACCACUUCCCGAUCGAACAGGAUAAGAUCCCCUGUCUGUGUGGAUCUGCCAAGUGUCGUGGUUACCUCAACUAGACUCUCUGUCCCGCCCAUCCUAGUAUAUAUAUUAUUAACUCACAUACCCUUGUUGUUGUCAGUUACCAUCUUUGCUCUCCUAGCUCGCUGCACCGCCCCUCGCUCGUAUCACGUUCAUCCUGUAUUUUCGUGAACUCUUUUCCUGCAUCACUCCUCUCUUGUUCAUUUCUUCCUCCUGUUUUUAUCCCUCGUGCAUUAAUGACCACUCCACGCUUGCAUCGUCGUUACGCCCCUCGCUACGUGAAUACAUUGAAUAGCUGCUACGC